AUGUCUUCCAACGGCAUCCGCCUGCGUCUAACCAUUCGCAGGCACGCCCUGCCUGACGUCAAGUUCGUCUGGCCCUGCGUUACUUCGCAUGGCAUGACCAUCGCCAAUCUCCUCUCCGAGGUCAACAAUGUCGUCACCCUGGAGAGUGGCCAGUGGGGCCUUGAAGACUAUGCCGUUGAGCUAUCCGACGGCCAGGGAGGAAGCUUCGAGUGUCUGCACUUUCAACAGGUUGCCCAAGUCUUCAAGAAUGAUGAUCAAGUCUUGAUCCGCUCUCUUCUAGUCGAGGACCUACGCCGAAGACGCAUCAGCGGCCGUCAUCAAAUCUCCAACGACGGCGUCCACCUCGUCGACGGCGUUCCCUUUGGACGCAAUCGGAUGCCUCGUAACAGACCAACCUUUAGCCUUCCCCCUCGCAAGCGCGCGCGCAUCACGUACGACCCGACCGAUGAAGACGAUGACGGCGAAGACUAUGACGAAGAUGGUGACGACGAGAUGGACGAGCCGGUCCAGCUUCUUCUGGAUGACUCCCGCCGUCGUACGAGCAAUACCGAACGCCCAUCUACCACUAAUUUUGGCACGCUGCACAACGACGACGACGACGAAGACUACGAAUACGUUCCUGGUGAUGCGCUCGAUGAUGAUGCAGACAACGAAGGCGACUCCGGCCAUGUUGAAGAAGGCGAAAAAGAGGAGCUCGAUGAAGAAAUCCGUCUUUUACAGGCGGACAGCGAUAUUGUCGGCGGCUCUGACUGGGAACGGGAGCACAGAGCAAUUGAUAAAAAAGAGGACCAUGAUGAUUCCCCAUCCCAUGGUACCUCCCAGCCGCUGCUCCGCGAAAUCCCCCCAGCAGCCAUCUCCGCUCUCCAGGCUGCCUUUCCCCUGACAUCUGCCACAAUUAUAGAGGCCACCCUUCAGCGACACAAGGCGAGCAUCUACCAGUCGUACAGCGAGCUCGCCGCAACCAACGACCCCGUCUCGACCUUUGAGGAGGUCCUGGAUGCCUUCUUUACCGCGAGGUUCCAACCCAACACCUCCGAUGAAAACUCGGGUCUACUCCCCGAGAUAGAACAGGACACGGGCGGUGGAGUUGGGAUUCAGGAAGUCACCGAGGUCAGUUCUACUAGUGACAGCGAGUCUGAGUCUAGCGAUGCACACGACGAGUCCCAUGACGACGAUGGAGCGGCUCCGAAGCCAGACAAUACCUCGAGCGCUUCGGACGAGUCAAUGAGCGACUCGGAUGAUUCCGACAGCGACUUUUCUGAGUCCGACGCCUCUAAGUCGGCUCCCAAACAGGACCAGACUGAGCCCCCUCCGCAGCUAGAUGAGCAGGCUACGAGCGAGUCUGACUCUGACUCUGACUCUGACUCUGAAUUUGAUUCCGAUUCCAAUGCUGGCUCGGGAGACAGUCCCAAGUCUAGCGACAGCGACAACAACUCGGACUCAUCGAGUGACGAUGACUCGAGUGAUGAUUCUGACUCCCAGUCUCAACCGGAAGUUGCAUCAUCAAAGUCAGCCGAUAACACCAAGUCGAAUUCCAAGCCAGCGGAGAAGAGCACCAAGAUAUCCCAAGAACAACCCGCUCAAUCGAAAGGGGACGUCCAAGCGCAACAGAAGACGGUUGCGCCUGGCCAGGGACUCUCUAGAACACAGAAACGGAAUGCCAGGCGCAAGAUCGCCAAACGCCUCAGGGGUGCCCAAACGGCAGGCGGGAUUAAUGCCCCAGCCCAGCCCCAGAAACUUCAGUCCCAACUGGACCUAGAAACACUGCAACAAGACCUGUUGGCGCGAAAGCAAGCACUACUAGAUGCCAUGGUCGACACAUCCUCGAAUGACCAAUACGAGAGUGCUAACGAGGAAAAGACAAGUGACGAGCCAGCAGUUGAAGAGCAGUCAACUCCACGCUUGCGUGUCGACAUGGAUGCAGGCCGGAGACUCCUCCUUGGGGCCCUGGGCUUCAGUAAUCCCAAGAAGAAGGCUGAUGAGGAGAAGAUAAAGAAGGACUUGAUCAAAGAUGUCCGCCCCGUCAAAAAUCACAGACAGGAGGAGACGUCGGCCCCGGAACCCUUAGUAAAUGGGCAAGAUGAUGAGAGCUGGCGUAGCAAGAUCACAUACCGGGCGGUAGAGUGCUGUCGUGACGGCAUGUGCCUGAGCGAGCCGCCCUUCCCAUUUGUCCAGAGGUGGGACCCGCAACAGCAGUACAACGCUAUGCGGAAGAGGACGCGCGGAUCGCAAAACCACCAUCGAGAUACGUCUCACUACGAGGACGAGUCGUACAUGGAGGUGGAGGUGUCCAAGAACAACAAAAAGAAGAAUAAGGCCCGUCACCAGGAUGUGCCUCCGAAAAAGUCGAUUGACAACAUGGAGCUCAACUACGAGGAUGUCCCGAUGAGUGCCCAAGAAGGCGAUAAGGGGGAAUCAUCAGACUCGGAAGAUGACCUGCCGCCGCUGCCGUCUGAUAUAUCGACUCUGCCUCUCUUAGAGGAGAGCCAGGUCCAGCCCGGAAUGGUGGUUCUUUCUAUAACAGGCCUCGUCGUGGCCAUGAAUGACAACAAGGAAUUGCACCUUGUUCUAGCAAAGCGCGACCGCGAGGAGGACCAAAAGGUGUACGACGAGCAGACUGGCCAGAGAAUCUACGACAAGUUCGAGGUGCCGGAUGAUUCUGACGAGGAAGGAGAAGAUGACGAGGAGACCCGUAACGGACACAUCUAUGUUCCUUGGGCUGAGAUGAUGGAUGCACGUAUCCUUGCCCCCGCUGCCCGGCUGCCCGAGAAUAUCGGCGCUGAACGGGUGCCUGAAGAGGAAACCCCAGAGGACAUGGAGACAAACGAAAAUUCGCCCGCUCAAAGCCACAACGAUGGGGCUUCCGGGUCGUCUUUGAUACCAUCAGGGCAGCAGGUGGCCCACCUGGACAUGUCAGAGGUGUCAGUGGGGAAGCCCUCAGAUAGCCAAACCAGUAGAGCUGUGACAUCCCAGGUGCAGUCGGCCAACAGCAGCGAGGUGGUUAUAAAGGAUUCGCAGCCGCAGUCAGCCGGGGGGGUCGAUGAAGCUACUGAUGGCGCCAUGGUUCAGGAUUCAGUUUCAGAAGCCGACGGGCCUGGCGAAAAUACCGCCAUCCAGGACUCGGCUCCAGCGCCAACUGCUGCGAAUGCGGCCAUGGAGGUGGAGGAUGAGGUCAUUCCCGACGGUGGCAACACCGCAGAAAACCAAGAUGCCCAAAUGCCCACCGAUAUAUCCCUCUACGCCAAGAGCACAGACGACAGCGUCGAGCUAGGCAACGAAACCGUCAUCCGCAACACGCACAGAUCCAGACCACAGGCAACACCCCGAGAAGCAUUAGAUGACGAGGAGGGAGUCCUCCAACUAAGCAGCUCUCCAUUCCCGCCCCUCGACAAGAUAUGGCAGAAGGCCCAUACACAGAGGCAGAUCAAGAGCCCGCUCAGGUCUUCGCAGACAUCUGAUCUGCAAGAAAAGCCAAAGAAGGCUGCAGUCAAGAGUGAGAAGGGAGGAGCGGCGCGCAACCUGUUCCCCAACGCGACACAGCCACCCGUUUCUUCGGGGAACUUGGAGAGCAACAGCAACAAGGGCCGCUCCGUCUCUACUCCAUUUCACAUCCCCCAGGGAAGCCAGGUCAUAGCCGUCAACACAUCGGACGAUGACGACGGUUCAUCGUCAGGGUCGGAUUCGGAUCCAGACUCUGAUAAGGAGGACGGUACGCCUCUCCCUGGCGGGCCAGGCUGGGUACAUAAGACGCGGAGCAGCGGAGCAGCCGCGGCGGGGGUCAGGAGAAGCAGUAUACCCGCGACGUGGACACCGACGACAAAGAAAGACGAGGGAUCGCGGCCGUCGUUGCUGUCGUCGGGGAUAUCAUCGAGUGUUGGCAAGACGGGAGUGGAUGGUCGUAAGAGGAUUAGCAAAAAGUUUUGA